UUUCCCUCCCUCCCUCUCGUUUCAGAGAGCACAUUAUCCAUAGCUGUAUACACUAUACACUACUACAAAUAGUCGUUAUAUGUAAAUAUAGAAGCAUUUGUUCUUUCAUGGCCAUCGUUACGGCGUCGUCACUGCCAGGCCUCAACCUCUUUUCCUCUCUCCCUUCAACACCACCCCCAAAGGACCCCACAAUUACCACCUCUACCACUCCCUCCCCACCCUUCCCUAUCCCCAAAUAUCCUCCUCCUCGCCAGAAAUCCUCCAAACCCCGAACCAACCCGGCCCUCAAGACCGUCCACCGCCGCACCAAAUACUUCAAGCCCGUCAAGGAAGGAGUCAUCUCCUCCGACGGCGACCGCUCCGUUGUCGUCGGCGAGUCGGGCGUGUCGUACCUCCUCCCCGGCGCGCCCUUCGAGUUCCAGUACAGCUACUCCGAGACGCCCAAGGUGAAGCCCCUGGCCAUCCGCGAGCCGGCCUUCUUGCCCUUCGAGCCGCCAACGAUGCCGAGGCCGUGGACCGGAAAGGCGCCGUUGAAGAAGAAGAAGGAUAAGAAUAAGAUUCCGCUGUUCGACUCGUUUAAUCCGCCUCCAGAGGGAACGAAGGGAGUGAAGCGCGUGGAAAUGCCGGGGCCGUUUCGGCUUGGGAAGUUUCCGAAGGAGGGGAGGACGAGGGAGGAGGUGCUCGGAGAGCCGCUCAGGAAGUGGGAGAUCAAAAUGCUGGUUCAGCCCCACUUGUCCAAUAACCGCCAAAUUAAUCUUGGAAGGGACGGGCUGACGCAUAAUAUGUUGGAGCUGAUACAUUCGCAUUGGAAGCGGCAGCGCGUGUGUAAAGUUCGUUGUAAAGGGGUUCCCACUGUAGAUAUGAAUAACAUUUGCCGUCGUCUUGAGGAAAAAACCGGGGGGAAAAUCAUUCAUCGAGUUGGUGGUGUAGUUUAUCUUUUCCGUGGCAGAAACUACAAUUAUCGUACUCGUCCACAGUACCCAGUGAUGCUCUGGAAACCAGCUACUCCGGUUUACCCGAAACUUAUCCAAGAAGCUCCAGAGGGAUUGACAAAAGCUGAGGCCAAAGAAUUACGGAAGCAGGGAGAAACACUUUUGCCAAUAUGUAAAUUAGCAAAAAAUGGAGUAUACAUCUCCUUGGUGAAAGAUGUUAGGAAUGUUUUUGAAGGAAGUCCAUUAGUGAAAAUUGACUGCAAAGGGAUGCAUGCAAGCGAUUACAAGAAGUUGGGUGCUAAGCUUAAGGAAUUGGUUCCUUGUGUGUUAUUAUCUUUUGACAAUGAGCAAAUAUUGAUGUGGAGGGGACGAGAUUGGAAAUCAAUGUACGAAUAUGCUCCCUUGGCUUCAAUCUCCCCUGCAGUGGGCAUUGCAGGUGGUUUGGAUGGUUCAGGCAAGGAUGACAAUGAUUGUUGUAAGGCUGAUCCCAAAACAGUGAGCACAAGCCCUAAAAUGAUGUUGCUUUGGAAGCAAGCAAUUGAGUCCAGCAAAGCAUUGUUGCUGGAUGAGAUUGUUCUUGAUCCUGAUGCUCUUUUGAAGAAGGUGGAGGAAUUUGAGGGUAUUUCACAGGCCACAGAGCACUCCUAUCCAGCAUUAAUCUUGUCAAGUGACGAUGGUACAAGCAGCUCAGUGGCAGAGACUGAAGAUUAUCCUCAAAGCGAGGGUUAUAGUGAAGAUAAUUACAACUACAGUGAUACUGACAAUGACGAUUAUGAAGAUUAUGAUAGUGAUUCAUUUGAAGAUGUGGAUUCACCAGUCCCUCUGGGGUCGUUACCUGUCGAUAUGAUAGCAGAAGAGCACAAAUGGGAAUGAAAUUGCAAAGAAAGAUCAGAGGUAUUCCUGUUCAAUUGUGAAGUUGCUUAUUUUUUCACUAGCAGAAAAUGAAGAGCUUGAUAAAUUUUAGAUUGGCGAUAUUUGUAGGGAGACAUGGGAAGACUGAAAUGUAAAUUUACUCUUGAGCAAAAGUAAAAAUGUAUAUACAUGUAGGACAGGGUUGUCUUGUUCUUUUCUUCAAAGCUAGUCACAUGGGUUUUGCCUGAUCAAA